AGUGCAUCAAAGUCUCCAACAUCUUUCUUCCCUACCCCUUAUCAGGUUGCCAAUACGGAUAUCAUAACACUCAAGUCUGCUGGUCUCAGUACACGCAAAGCCGAGUAUGGUCAGUUAAAAGACCUUGCUGCGCGAUUUGCAGAUGGAAGGCUUUCAACAGAAAAAUUACUUGCUGCAGAUGAUAAAACCCUUGCUGAAAUGCUUAUAGAAGUGCGAGGGAUUGGACGGGUAUGUAUUGACAUGUUCGCAAUCUUCUCCCUCCGUCGUCCAAACAUCCUCCCAGUAGGUGACCUCGGUAUCCAGCGAGGAAUGUUGCGCUGGUUUCUCUCGCGCCACUCGUCUAAGCACCCAUUUACACUUUCACCGCAUAAACUGAGCGGUGACGAAUCCAACGAUGACAAAACAAAAGGGGCAAGUGCCAGUGCGAUGGGACCACCGUCUACAACUCCUGCACCGAAAACAACCCCUAGUUCUCAACUGACAGGAGAUGUAGAACCGAAUAAUGAGGUGUUGCCGACAUUGUCUGAGUCACAAUCACAGACUCCCGCUUUAAUUAAAUCGCUUCCUGAACCGUUUACUCCCUCGAUUGACAAGACUCUCGAGGCAGACGCGAUGAACACAGAACCCCUUCCCGAAGGUCUGAGCGUUGCGGAUUUGAAAUCAAGGCUAGAAAGAAAGAAGAUCAAAGGAGCGUUCCUUACUUCGAAAGAAAUGGAAGAUUUGACCGCGUCUUGGGCACCGUAUCGAAGUAUAGGUAUUUACUAUAUGUGGUCUCUGACAGAGAAGAACUAG